GUCUGAACGGCGAAUUCCUGUUAUUUCACAAUGCCCUGUGUGUCAGGGCAUUUCCUUAUCAUUAGGCAACCAGAAUGCACUCCCUUAACUAUAAGUUCUCAGAAAUGAAAACGGCUUUCCUCCUUGCGGGCUUCAACAAGAUCUGCUACGAAAGGGAAACCCUGCAUGGCAUAUUCUGGCGGAAAGGAAGACAGCAGUAAACUUGCGUAAAAUGCCUGUUUCUUUGCUUCUGGUUUUCCUUUCCUUACAACAUUGUGUUUCUUCGCUAGUAGAUACCAGCAAAUUUUUAAUAUAUAACCAAAACCACAAGCUUUGUGUUCAUGCACUGUCUGCAAGCUAUGUCACUACCAGUACUUGCAACCAUGAAAGCGAUGAACAAAAGUUUAGAUGGAUUUCUAGCCACCAGCUGAUGAGCGUGUCUUUGAAGUUAUGUUUUGGAGUAUCUUCAAAGGUUGACUGGACACCAGUUACUCUGUACCCAUGUGACUCAACAAGCGACCUCCAGCGAUGGGAAUGCAAAAAUGACACACUUUUCGCCAUCCAAGGAGCAGAUCUGUAUUUCAACUAUGGCAACAAAAAUGAAAAAAGAAUUAUGCUGUACCGGGGAUCUGGCGAAUGGAGUCGGUGGAAGGUCUAUGGAACCAGAGACGAUUUGUGCUCCCGGGGCUAUGAAGACAUGUUCACUCUGAAAGGCAAUGCCAAUGGGGCACCAUGUGUGUUCCCUUUCCAGUAUGAUGGUAACUGGUACGCAGAGUGUACAAAUGCUGGCAGGUCCGAUGGCUGGCUAUGGUGUUCAACCACUAGACACUAUGAAACAGACAGGAAAUAUGGCUUUUGCCCACUGAACUUUGACGGAAUGGACAAGUUGUGGAAUACAGACCAUUUGACCAAUGUUCAGUACCAGAUAAACGCAAAUGCUGCUCUAACUUGGUACCAAGCUAGUAAAAUUUGUCAGCAACAAGGUGCACGUUUGUUGGGAAUUACUGAGUUACAUGAGCAAAUGUAUCUAACAGGGUUAACUUCCACUUUCACUACUGAACUCUGGUUUGGUCUUAACAGUUUGGACUCCAACCGUGGAUGGCAAUGGAGUGGUGGCCAUCCUUUCAGAUACCUAAACUGGGCACCAGGGAGUCCUUCUCCAGAGCCUGGAAAAACCUGUGGAACAUUUAAUCCCAGUAAAAAUGGCAAAUGGGAAACUCUAGAAUGCAGUCAGAAACUUGGUUACAUUUGUGAAAAAGGGAAUUCCAGUCUGAACUCCAUCACUAUUUCUUCAGAAACAAAUGUGAAUAUUAAGUGUCCUGAGGGAUGGAUAUCAUAUGCAGGCCACUGUUACAAGAUUCACAGAACAACGGCCUUGUGGUAUGAUGCCUUAGCAUCAUGCAGAAAGGAAGGUGGAGAUCUGGCGAGUAUACACAACGUUGAAGAGUACAGCUUUACAAUUUCCCAGCUUGGGUACAGCUCAUCUGAUGAAUUGUGGAUUGGGCUGAAUGACCGCAAAGUUCAAAUGUACUUUGAAUGGACGGACGGGACUCCUGUAACAUACACUAACUGGCUGCCUGGAGAGCCGACACAUGCUAACAACAGGCAAGAAGACUGUGUGGUUAUGAAAGGAAAGCAAGGGUUCUGGGCAGAUCAACCUUGCGAUGUGAAACAUGGAUACAUUUGCAAAAGCAAACCAUUAACAGAAACUCCGGGAGAUGCAGAUGUAGUCGAAGAAGGCUGCCGGAAAGGCUGGAAAAGACACGGUUUAUACUGCUACAUGAUUGGAAAUGUAUAUUCAACAUUCGCAGAAGCAAAUCAAACAUGUAUAAAGGACAAUGCUCAUUUAGCUUCUGUUGCAGACAGAUAUGAACAAGCAUAUUUUACUAGUUUGAUUGGGCUCAGGCCAGAACAACAUUUCUGGAUUGGUCUUUCCGACAUACAAGAAAGAGGAACAUUCAUGUGGACCAGUGGGGAAACUGUCGAAUAUACCCACUGGAAUGUAGAAAUGCCUGGAAGGAAAGCAGGCUGUGUUGCCAUGAGGACUGGAAUCACAGGUGGCUUAUGGGAUCUUCUGAAAUGUGAGACAAAGUCAAAAUUUCUCUGCAAGCGCUUUGCUGAUGGAGUGACUUCUCCGCCGAUACCAACAACAACUGCUGCCCCCAGAUGCCCUGAUGGCUGGAGUCCAAGUGACAGUAGGAACUUGUGCUUCAAAGCUUUUGUGAGGAGUGAUGACAAAAAAUCGUGGGCGGAUUCUCAGAGUUUUUGUAGAGCCAUGGGAGGUGAGCUGGCCUCCAUUAGCAGCUCCAAAGAGGAACGUUCACUGCAGCGCUAUUUGUCGGACCAAGGAUUCAGCUCUUCACAUUUCUGGCUAGGCUUAAGUUUACAAAGUCCAACUGAAGGAUUUUCGUGGAGUGAUGGCUCUCCACUUGGAUAUACAAACUGGGAGUAUGGAGAGCCCAAUAACUACAAUGAAAUUGAGCACUGCGGAGAGUUGAAUGCAAAUUAUCGCAUGCGCUGGAAUGAUAUACACUGUGAGGACUUGUACAACUGGAUUUGUCAGAUUAAAAAAGGAGAAGAACCAAAGCCUGAACCGACAGAUCCACCUAUACCAAAAUUUCAAUAUAGCAGUGAUGGAUGGCUCAUCAAUGGAGACAAGCAGUAUUAUUUCAGCACUUACACUGCUCCUAUGGAAACAGGACGUGAGUUUUGCAAGAAGAACUUUGGAGACCUUACAGUCAUCGAAAGCAACACUGAAAGAAGAUUCUUAACAAAAUAUAUCUCAAAAAAGGACUGGACCAACGCUUACUUCAUUGGCUUAAAACUGAGCCUUGAUAAAGACGUUAGCUGGAUGGACGGAACCCCGGUGCAGUAUUUAGCCUGGGCACCGCAUGAACCCAACUUUGCAAACAACGAUGAAAACUGUGUGGUCAUUUACAGAAGGACAGGACUUUGGAAUGAUAUAAACUGCGGCCAACCCUACCCUUUCAUAUGUGAAAGACACAACAGUUCAAUCAAUGCAACAGUUGCUCCUACAACUCCUUCUGUUCCAGGAGGAUGUCCAGAAUCAUGGCUUUCAUUUGAAAACAAGUGCUACAAAGUAUUUGGGUUGACAGAUGAAGACCGAAAUAAUUGGGAUUCUGCACGAACAGUUUGCAAGCGCUUACGAGGAAACCUGGCUACCAUAUCUAGUGAAAACGUUCAAGCUUUCCUUACUUCCCAGUUGAACAAUUUCCCAACGGAUGCAUGGAUAGGAUUCAAUGAUAUCAACUCAGAAGAGAUGUACCUCUGGACAGAUGGAAGCAGAGUCAGUUACACAAACUGGGCAAAAGGCUUCCCAUCAUCUAAUUACGAUGCAGAGAGGGAAGAUUGUGUCGCAAUGAAAAACAGGCCUCUUCAAGAAUCGGGGAAAUGGAGACAUUUUCACUGUUCUGAUAAAAAAGGCUACAUAUGCCAGGCAGAUACAGACCCCAAAACUCCUGUUCUUCCAACACCCACAACAGCAUAUCGUAUCCGUUACAAUAACAAUACCUACUUCUUCUUUGAAAGCAAAAUGGCAUGGAAAGAUGCCCAGAAAAGCUGUGAACAACAAAGCUUUAACCUUGCUAGCAUUUUGGACCCUUUCACCCACUCAUUCCUCUGGUUGCGGCUGCUGAAGUAUAAAAGCCCAGUGUGGAUUGGCCUCAAUACUAAUGUGACCGAUGGACAAUACACAUGGAUUGACAAGUUCAAAAUGAAGUUCACAAAAUGGGCUCCAGGGGAACCAAAACAAAAUUUUGGUUGUGUUUAUCUGGAUUUGGAUGGAACCUGGAAGACAGGAUCAUGCAAUGAACAUUAUUUCCCACUCUGUAAACACUCUGACGUGACAGCACCUACUGAGCCACCUCAACUACCUGGAAAGUGCCCAGAAUCACUGGAGACACCGUGGAUUCCUUUCCGUGGCCACUGCUACCACUUUGAGACGUCAUCUAAAAAAUCUUGGCCUCAGGCUUCUUUAGCUUGUUUACAAUUAGGUGGUGGUCUGGUUUCAGUAGUUGAUGCAGUUGAAUCACAUUUUCUGGCAGAAAAUGUGGAACCUCUUGAAAGUAAAGCUCGAUCAUUUUGGACCGGAAUGUUCAGAAAUAUACAUGGCAAUUGGUUAUGGCUCGACAACAGCGUAGUGGAUUUUGUUAACUGGAACGAAGGAGAGCCCUCUCCUCAAACUAAUGAAGACUGUGUGGAAAUGUAUUCUUCAUCUGGGACUUGGAAUAACCUUUACUGCAGAUCCUACCAGGCGUAUAUUUGCAAAAGACCUAAAAUUAUUGAAAUUGUGCCUACCAAUAAGGUUCCAGAAAAUAAAGAACCGAGAAAGACAGACGACAUUCCUGCGCCUUCCAAUACGAGAGUUACCGCUGUGAUUGUCGUGACUCUGCUGAUUGUGAUGGCAGCGGCUAUUGCAUGUUACUAUUUCUACAAGAAAAGGAGCCGGCACGUCCUCACAGAAGACAACUUCGAGAACUCUCUCUAUUUCAAUAGCAGCUCCACCCCUGAAACGAGCGACACAAAGGACCUGGUGAUGAACAUGGAGCGCAAUGAGCAUGCUGCCAUUUAGUCCAGGAUAAUACAAACUGUCCCUCAUUCGGGAAAACAACACCAACACCACAUAUUGAAAGCCACAAGCAUCCUAUCCAAACCUGGUCUUUCCUUUACAAAAUAGUUGCCCAAAUCGCACCUGAUUCAGAACUUUUGUUUGCAUGCUAGAAGCAGCAAUAGUUUCGUUGGGGUAUUUUGUGGCAAUUCAGCAGCUUUGUAUUCAAAAUAGGCAAAGCUAGUAUUUUGCCCGAUGGCCGCGCUGUGUUGACGACUGAGCUGAUGGAUAGAGCAAAUAAAUGCUGAAUUA